GCGCUGGCGCAUGCGCACUCCACUCCAUCAACAAUUUUUGUUUGUGUGUGUCAAUUAGGGUUAGAACAAAUUCAGUACAAUAAUGUUUUUUUAUGAAUUAUGAUAAUGGAAAGAAGAAUCAAGUUGAAAACAUUGAACAGUCAUAUAACUUGUAAGAUAUGUAGAGGGUAUCUAAUUGACGCCACGACUGUAACAGAAUGUCUUCAUACCUUUUGCAAAAGUUGCCUCGUAAAGCAUUUAGAAGAAAACAACACCUGUCCAACAUGCAAUAUUGUAAUCCACCAAUCCCACCCCCUACAGUACAUAAGUUUCGAUAGGACUAUGCAAGAUAUCGUGUACAAAUUGGUCCCAGAACUGCAGAAAAAUGAAAUCACCCGCGAGAGAGAAUUCUACCACCAAAGAGGUUUACCAUGUCCUAAAGACAUUCCUCCGAACCCGGGCGAACUGGAGGAGGAGAAACCAUCAGCCGACGUGCACGCAGAGUCCGAUUACCACAGACAGGACGAACAGGUCAAUGUCUGUCUAGAGUGUAUUAGUUCAAAUUUAAAAACGUUAAAGAGGCGAUUUAUUCGCUGUUCGGCGCAAGCCACCAUCCUACACCUCAAAAAAUUCGUCGCCAAAAAGGUCCUCAAUGGAAUGGAAAAGUACAGAGAUAUCGACAUUCUAUGCAACGACGAGUUGUUAGGCAAGGACCACACUUUAAAAUUCGUUUAUGUGACCAGGUGGAGAUUUCAAAAUCCGCCCCUGACUCUGCAGUACCGACCCAGAAUUGACAUUUAAUUAAUUUUGUGUCCCUCUCUGUUGCAAUAUUAAAUGAGUAGGUUGUGAUUACGUUUCCACAGCAACGCCAAUUCAUAUAGUUUUAUAAAAUAGUACAAAUUUUUAUAAACGUUUGUAGAUAAUCAUUUCCAACACUAGCAUUUUCCAGCAUUUAUUUACAAGGCACUUGUUUUUUAAUUCGUUUUAAGCUAUUUUUUAAAUAAGUUUGAGGCGUUUGAUACUAUUUCCGAGAUUUCUAUUUUAUUACUGUGAUUUCUAACCAGAGGUUUAAUGCCAUAGGGUAGGUACUUAAAGUAUCAGACGCUUUAGAUACAAAGUUUCAAAGAAAUUCAAUCAAUUCUAGAAAUUGUGCUGUAAAAUAAUCUUGACUUGUACUUCCUAUUCCGUUGCCUGAAGUUUUAUUAAUUUUGUAAAUAGUGAUAGGGUCAUGGAACUUCAUUUUAUCCCCCACAACGUUAUUUUAAGCACGAUUCUAAGCUUUAACUAAUUGAAUAUAGCAUUAGGACACUUAUUUUAAUGGCACCCAAACUUGUGUUAAAUUGUUUUGAAUGUAUAGUGCUGUAUUUUGUGCAAGAUGUGUAGUGUAACUGUUUUCGUAUUAUCAAAAAUUGACCAGCCGUUCUAUUUACAAAAUCAAAAACCUAAAUUUUUAUACAUUUUUAAUGUUAGGUAAGUGCGGAUUCUUUUGCAUAGCGACCUUCUAUCUUUUUUUAUUGGUGAUUAUUGUUAAAACUCGACCAAGCCGGUCCAGUUCUAACCAUUUUCCAUACUUAAUUACAUAAAUUUGUAUGUAAAAAUUAAAUAUUUUUUAACAAA